AUGAUUAGUUCUUUUGUUAUUUUCUUGCAGGGAAAUCGAUUGCAGGCAGUAAUAUUUGAUAGAGAUAUUGAUCUACGCGAUGAUACACUGCAUGUUUUUCAAUCUUAUUAUAUAGGCAAUGCAUAUGUGAAAGCAAUAGAUCCAAGACACAAGAUAGAAGCGCAUCAAUAUCAAUGGAUAAUCAAUUCGAAGACAAUUAUUGAAAAUCUUGAAGAUGAUGAACCAGCACUAAAAGCUCCAGAAUAUAAUAUCAUCUCUUUCAAUGAGCUUGACGCUUAUAAGGAUACUGAUUCUGAAAUAGAUAUUUUAGCUGUUACAAUCCAAAUGAAGCCACCAAGAGAAGUCAACACUAUCCAUGGAAAGACAACAGUUCAAGAUAUACAAGUUAUUGAUGAAAGCCUGAAACCUUUGCGUUUAACAAUGUGGGCUCGAUUUGUUCAUGACGAGUGUCAACAAAUUUCAAACAUUAUUGCAGUAAAACCAAUAAUCCUUGGAACGCGAAUUAAAGUUGGUUCUUAUAAUGGUCUUUCUCUAUCAUCAAAACCAACAAGUGUUUUCAUCAUCGAUCCUCUUUUAGCACCUGCAGUUUCAUUACGUACAUGGGCAACACAAAAUGAUGGAUUGCUAGAAGAAAUCAUUGCCAAGAAUUUAGAUACAUCAAGAGGAUCAACUUCAACCAGUGCCAUGCAGACGAUAACAAAAAUUUCUGAGAUUACUGAAGUUAUUGAGUCCACAGAACCAAUAGCGAAACCAACAUUCACAGUUAAAGGAAAAUUUUUAUUACUCGACUUACGUCAGUUGUUCUGCUAUAUGUCCUGUGCAAAUUGUAAUAAAGCAACUGGAUAUGAUUAUAAUGAAAAAUUCUUGUGCUACAAUUGCAAAGAAAUGAGCAUCGGACAACCACGUUGUCGAGUCUAUCUGGAAAUAGAGGACGAUACUGGAUGCAUAUCAGUUGUUGUCUUUGGAUUGAUGGCAGAAGAAAUACUGAAUUCUACAGCUGUUGAUCUCUUUGAACACACAGGCGAGGUAAAAUAUAUGUUUAUAAAUUUAUUCAAAAAAAUUUAUUGCAUUAUGUUUUAUAUUUUUUUCAUUAUUAUAGGAGCAUCUAUCGUAUUUAGCAAACAUUGCAAGUACAGUUUCAGAAAAAGAAUGGAUUAUACACUUGCGCGCAGAAAUGAAUCAAUAUGGACGAUUACGCCAAAAUAAACUCAACGUGCUCUCUGCCGAAUCUAUAAAUCAGGCUACGUCAUAAACACUCUAAAUCUUUUUUUGUUAAACUUAUCACUAUUGUAAUUAUAUGUUUAAAUAGAACGCUGACUUGUAUGUAAAUUUUAUGUUUCUUUUUUUACUUUUAAGUUCAUAUAAACUUCUUACUGUUGUAAUUAUAUACUUAAAUAGAACGUUGACUUGUAUGUAAAA